AUGGCAGGCGCUCAAGAGCAAGGGCUCAAGCUGCUGGGGCCGGGGACCGGGGUGAGCAUGUACACCAUCCGUGUCCAGAUGGCGCUCCGCAUCAAGGGCCUGAGCUACGACUACCUCCCCGAGGACCCAUGGAGGAAGAGCGAGCUCCUCCUUGCGUCCAACCCCGUGCACAAGAAGCUGCCCGUCCUCAUCCACGCCGGCAGGCCCGUCUGUGAGUCGCUCAUCAUUGUGCAGUACCUUGACGAUGCCUUCGCCGGCAACAGCACCUCCAUCCUCCCCACUGACCCCUACAGCCGCGCCGUCGCCCGCUUUUGGGCUUCCUACAUCGACGACAAGGUUUGUUUCCUAUCGUUUGGUUUGAGCUUGGAGAGUCGGAGUUGCAUCUGUUGGUGCUGCCUCCUCGCAGCGCCUCUUCUUCCUUAUUAGCGCUGCCUGUCACAGCUCUCUCUUCUCUCAAGAACAGACAACCAUGGUAGAAACUAACACGCACAGUCGCUAAGGAGAAAACUAGCUUUGUGUUUGCUCCCGGUGAGAAACACGUAUGCUACAUUGUUUCCUCCAACUGACUCAAGUUUUUCAUUAAUCAAUGUUAUCCGUAUAUACACAGCUAACACGGCCAGUACUAGCCUGAUCUACUUCAUGCGUACGUGCACCCAGAACGUGUCCCACUAACUCCACUAAGCAGCUACAUGCACGUCAUGCUCAACGCUUGUCAAUCUCUUCUCUACGGCCAUAGGACCUGGCUAGCAUGCGAUGCACACGCACUAACGAACUACCCUACAAGGCGACUAACUAACUAAUCCAUGCAGCUAACAUACUCUCAUGCUCUACGGCCUUUGACUGUAGCAGCCGCUUCACACGGCCCUCCGGCAUCUCACACGUACGCCGUCUCUCACGGCAUGUACAAUGAUGUACAGUCAGGAGUCUGUAACUGCUGGAAUUUUAUCUAUUUUGGGCCUAGCCCAAUAGCAGUUUCAGAAAUUCUUAAUAAAUCCUAGAGGCCCACGCAGC